AUGAACUUGGAUAUCGUUCCUAACUGGCUCCGGAUUAUCCUCCUUAUUUUGAGCAUCGCCUCCUUUUUGCCGCAGUUGCAGCGAAUAUGGCAGCAGUUUACUCUACUGUUCUUUCUACUCGUCAAUCAGACAGAGAACGUCGAUGUCAUCCAUAAGACCACUGGAGAUUGGAUCAACCUUGCCCAGCUGUGUGCUGUUUGGAUACUGUGGGUUUCAUUGUUUUCUUUGGGUCUCUACUACCCCUCAGACCAGCACAGCCGUGGACGCAAGGUUUCUGCCUUGCUCCUGUACAUUGUGCACUUGCUUGUCUCUGUUGUCCCUGUUGUUGCUGAUGCCAUUGAUUAUUAUCUCGUCAGCACCGGAGAGGAUGCAGCAUACCGCAACUUCGGGCUCGAUAUCUUUGGCGGAUACCACUAUGGCUUUAUUCACCCGGCAAUGACUCUAGUAGGAAUCUAUGCCUGGUUUCCGCAGAAUGACGAAAUUCAUCGUCAAACCCAGCUUCACUCCCUCAGUGAGACCGGUCUAGCUGCUCAGGCGGUGAUAUUCGCAUUUGUUGCUAUCUCGUGGACCAUGAGAACGAAUUUAUACAACAGUAACCUUCCAAAUCUCCCUUUCUGGGCUACCAUCCCUCAAUGGUUUAUUUAUGUGUGGUGGGCGGCAGUAGAUAAUAUGAUAUUUUCCUGCGUUCAGACUAGACUUUAUCUCAGGGUACGUCACCGUGAGCAGUCCUCCACAGACCAGGAAACACAACCUUUGCUCUCAGAAAGGGCAUCGCAAAGUGAAGAAUGA